AUGUUAUAAUAAUAAACAUAAGGGGGACAAGGACCAUUGUGGUAAACUGUGCCUUAAGAUUUUGUAUUACCCAAACCUAAAUUUGAAGCCACAGUAACAAAAUUAGGAAAAAAAUAACAUGAAAGACAUUUAGUGAUAACUGAAAAACAUAUAUUAUUAUUCAAAGUAAUUGAAGUUAUAUUGAAUAGGAUAAAAGUAAACAUGUUCAUAAAUUACUUCCUUUGGAUUUUACAACAAGAUUUGAAAUAUUUAGAGAUGCUCCUGUUUUGAAAGCCAAUGCAUCUUAAAAAAAAUCAACUCCUAAUACUCCUCACUCUAAUAGAGUUGAUAUUGUAAAACCAGAAGAUGUUCAGACUUUAGGUGAUAUCUUGCAUAUAAGAUUACAAAGUGAAAAAACAGAAAAAAAAAAAAAUAUUGGGACUUCACUGGUGAUUAAGAAAUUUUAAAAACAUUUCGAAAAUAUUUUGGGUAAAAAAUCAAUCAGAUGGGAUUCCAUCAUAUGUUCAAAGUUUUUAAAAAGAUAGGAAAAGGAAACUUUGCAAGUGUUUAUUUAGCUGAAAGAAUUGAGGAUGGAUAAUAAAUGGCAAUCAAGGCAUUUUCAAAAAGUGCAGUUUAUGCUGAAGAGAAUGGAAAGGUAUUGAAAUAUGAUUAUAUUUAAAGGAAGGUUUAAUUAAUGAAAUAACAAUAAUGAGAGAACUUGAUCACCCUAAUA